CUGUACUCUCACUAAGUGCUCAGACACACUCACACACACACAUUGGCGAAUAAGAUACGAAGAAGACGUCGACGAACUCGUUUCAAUUGAGUCUCAAACCGAAACUGUGAAACACAAUUCAUUCCUCUGGAGAACGCGCAACCGAAAACAUUUUCCACCUCGCCUCGCAUAUAAUUCGAUUUCUAAUUGUAAGAGUGCCCGAGACCGAGCCCGAGGCCCUACCCAAAAAUGGAGCAGUGGAAUAAUGUCGAGCUGACGAAUAUGUCAAAAAAGUCAUAUACCCUGAAUCAUGAAUACGAUGCUGCCGCUAAGUUGAACAAGGAGAACACGAAGCCAUCCGCGAAUGGUAAUGGAACGAGUUCGGAGCAGCAGCCACCAGCAGCAGCAACAUCAGAGGCUGUGCCAGAUAGCAGCAGUGAUCUGCUCCAGCCAGGAUCGGAUGUGAAGCCGAAAGUGGAGCCCGACGAUGUGGAGAGCUUGCUGCGACGCCUCUACGGGAUUACGAUAAGCGAGGUCAAGGAAAUCGUCGCCUACGACGAUCGCAACUUCUUCAUCAAGGAGGAUAGCAUAUUUGCAGCUUUAUCUGGGGUCACAGUAUAAAAUAUUCAAUACAGUUGCGGUCAGAAUAAUAGCUUUGAUAGAAGACUAUAUAAUAUAUCGAAUUUCAAGAUAUCUUCAAUAUUAUAUGUGCAUACCGAGAAUAUAUUUUAGAGGUUGAUGUCGUAUUUAACAUAAAAAUCAAUCCCAAAGUUGAUUACUUUUUAGAAACCCAAAUUUACCCAACGGUCCCAACAAAUA